AGAGGCAAACGCGGCGAGCAGCGCAGAGGAGCGCGAGCAGCAGCAUGGCGGGGCUCCGACGCCCGCAGCCGGGCUGCUACUGCCUCACCGCCGCGGCCGUGAACCUCCUGCUGGGCGUCUUCCAGGUUCUCCUGCCCUGCUGUCGCCCGGGAGGGGCUCAGGGACAAGCGAUCGAGCCGUUGCCGAACGUGGUGGAGCUGUGGCAGGCGGAGGAAGGGGAACUCCUGCUGCCCACUCAGGGUGAUUCUGAAGACGAAAUGGAGGAACAGUCUCGAGAACAGAGCUUCUCAGACAAGCUAUUUAGUGGAAAAGCUUUACAUUUUCAGCCAUCAGUUCUAGAUUUUGGAGUUCAGUUCCUGGGACACCCUGCAGCAAAGAUUCUCUAUGCGUAUAACCCUAGCAGGGAGAGCGAGGUCGUGGUGAAUUCCGUGUUUACAGCUGCGGGACAUUUCCAUGUGCCUCCCGUUCACUGCAGGGUAAUUCCAGCAAUGGGGAAAACGUCCUUCAGAAUUAUUUUCUUACCUACUGAAGAAGGAAGCAUUGAAAGUUCUUUAUUUAUUAAUACCUCCUCACAUGGAGUUCUUUCUUAUCACGUAUCUGGCAUUGGCACUCGCAGAAUCUCUGCAGAAGGGUCCGUAAAACAGCUACCAAAUGCUUACUUUCUGCUUCCACAGGUCCAGAGCGUUCAGCUUUCACAAACACAGGCAGAAACCACUAACACUAGCCUCUUGCAAGUGCAACUGGAAUGCAGUUUACAUAAUAAAGUGUGUCAGCAACUAAAGAGUUGCUAUGUGGAAUCAGACGAUGUUUUACGGCUACAAAUGAGCAUAAUUGUAACAAUGGAAAAUGCCUCGAAAGAAUUUGAAGAAAACACACAAGAUUUGUUAGAUCAUCUCUCUAUUAUUUAUGUAGCUACAGAUAAAUCUGAGACCUCAGAUGAUUCGGCAGUGAACAUGUAUAUACUGCAUUCAGGAAACAGCCUUCUAUGGAUACAGGAUGUACAUCAUUUCUCACAGAGAGAUGCCCUAUCUCUGCAGUUUGAACCAGUACUCCUACCUACUUCCACAACAAACUUUACAAAAAUUGCCUCUUUUACUUGCAAAGCUCCAUCCUAUGACAGUGGGAUGAGAGAAGACAGGAAGAAAAAAAACACUCCGACACUAAAAGCGUGCCUCUCCUCUCCUGUGUCUCAAGGGUAUUUUCGAAUGGACUCUUCUGCCACCCAGUUUCACAUAGAGACUCAUGAGAACACAUCGGGGCUUUGGUCAAUGUGGUACCUCAACCAUUUUGACCGUGGUGUUGUAUUGAAUGAUGUGUUUGUUUCCAAGGAGACCAAGCGUGUUUUAAAGAUUCUGAAUUUCACUGGCCCUUUAUUUCUACCUCCAGGCUGUUGGAAAAUAUUUUCUUUGAAACUUGCCGUUAAAGACUUUGCCAUAAAUCUAUUCACCCGUGUAUUUUUGACUACAAACGUAGGUGCUGUUUUUGCAGUACCUCUACAGAUUUACUUGGCGCCGACCAAGGAAGGGAGUCUGGGUUUUGAAGUGAUAGCACAUUGUGGCAUGCAUUAUUUCAUGGGAAAAUCAAAAGCGGAAAAUCCUAACUGGGAAGGGAGCCUUUCUCUGGAUUGGUCUACCUGGGAUGUGGAUUCCGAACUUGCAAAUACACUGUAUGAAAGAUGGAAGAAAUUAAAAAAUGGUGACGUCUGCAAGAGGAACGUUUUAGGCAUGACUCGGUUUGCCCACUCGAAGAAAUCCAAGGAGUCCGAACCCUUUGCUCUCUUCCUGCCUCGCUUGAUCCCGGAGGCUGGCCUCGUGAUAAACUUCAGUGCCACCGCCCUGAGGAACAGCGUGGUGAAGUACUUUGUGGUGAAGAACCCUUCCUCAUGGCCAGUCUCCCUGCAGCUCCUGCCUGUCUCCUUGUACCCGAAGCCCGAGGCUGCCGCACGCCUGCUGCACAAAUGGUUUGGCACCGAUGUGCAGAUGAUUAAUUUCACAACUAGUGAAUUCCAGCUCACCAAAGCUUGCCCUUACCGGGGUGUGCGUUCUGAGGAAUCCAGGUUUGGCAUCCUCCACUUGCAUUUGCAACCUUUGGAAAGGAAAAGGGUUGGUGUAGUUUUCACACCAGCUGACUAUGGAAAAGUCACCUCCCUCAUCCUAAUCCGGAAUAACUUGACUGUUAUCGACAUGAUUGGCGUGGAAGGAUUUGGAGCAAGAGAGCUACUGAAGGUGGGCGGGAGACUUCCUGGCACUGGAGGUUCACUGCGCUUUAAGGUGCCCGAGUCCACACUGAUGGGCUGCCGGAGACAACUGAAAGACAGCAAGCAAAUUUUAUCAAUUACAAAGAACUUUAAGGUUGAGAAUAUCGGACCACUUCCUAUAACUGUGACAUCUCUGAAAAUUAAUGGGUAUAAUUGCCAAGGUUAUGGAUUUGAAGUUCUAGACUGUCAGCAGUUUUCCUUGGACCCCAACACAUCCCGGGACAUCAGCAUUGUGUUUACUCCAGACUUCACCUCUUCCUGGGUCAUCCGCGAGCUGACUCUGGCCACUGCGGCAGACCUGGAGUUUCGCUUCACUCUCAACGUAACCCUCCCUCAUCACCUGCUGCCUCUGUGUGCGGACGUGGUUCCGGGACCCAGCUGGGAGGAGUCGUUUUGGAGGCUCACCGUCUUCUUUGUCAGUUUGUCCCUGUUGGGUGUGAUUUUAAUAGCCUUCCAACAAGCACAGUACAUUCUGAUGGAGUUCGUGAAAACGAGACAGAGGCAGAAUGCCAGCUCCUCUUCACAGCAAAGCAAUAGUCCGAUGGAUGUAAUCAGCUCCCAUUCUCACAAAAGCAAUUGCAAGAACUUUCUCGAUACCUACAGCCCCUCUGAUAAAGGUCGAGGGAAAAGCUGUCUUCCGGUAAACCCCCCGCAGAGCAGGAUCCAGAACGCGACGAAGAGGAGCCCGGCCACCUACAGCCAUUCGCAGAAAAAGCACAAGUGCUCGGUCUAUUACGGGAAACACAAAGCCAGUGCAGCCGUCGCCGGCAGUGCCAGCGCCCCUGCAGAGGACAAGCAGGCCUCGGCCCCAGGCGGCUCCCUGGCUGCUGCUAAAGAGGACGCCUGCCCUGCCGGGAUGGGCGAGACCUGGGUGGGCCUCAAGUACACAGGUGGCCUAAACGUCAACCUGCAGAAGAAUCUAACUCUUCCCCAAAACUUACUGAGUAAAGAAGAAAACACACUGAAAAACGCAAUUGCUGUCAGUAAUACUUCUUCCGAGUGUCACGUGAAGGAGGGAGUACAGACAUGUAUGUUUCCUAAGGAAACGGACCUUCAGAUUUCAGAAAACAUAGCCGAGCUCAAGGAGCGAGAGGUCUGUCCUCUGAAGACCCCUAAGAAACUACCUGAAAAUCACUUGCCGAGAAAUUCACCUCAGUGCCAGUCAGACUUGCCAGAAAUUUCCAGGAAAAAUAAUGGGAAUAACCAGCAAGUGCCUGUCAAGAAUGAAGCAGACAAUUGUGAAACUUUGAAAAAGGUUGACACAAAGUCUGCUUCAGAAAAGAAGAUUCACAGAGCGUCUAAAGAAGACAUAUGUUCUGAGAAGCAGGACGUACCUUCAGUCGAGCAGGAAGAUCCUUAUAGGAAGAAGAGGCUUCAGGAGAAAAAAGAAGGAAACUUACAAAAUUUAAAUUGGAAUAAAAAUCGAGCAUGUAGAAAAAACAAGAAAAGGGGUGCUGCCCAGGUCUUGAGGCCUUCGGAACAGAGUGAAUUAAAGCUGGUGUGCAGUGAAUUUGAAAGGUCUGAGCUGAGCAGUGACAUCGACUUAAGGAGCUGGUGUAUCCAGGAAAACCCUGGGGAAGCAUGUAAAACAGAUGCUGGCAUUGGAAGCAGCUUACCUGCCUCGCAGGGAGAGGCAGAGGGUUACUUCCAGAAGCCGGGGAAGAAGCGCGUGGAGAAGUCCUGCUCAGACUCCAGCUCGGACUGUGGCAGCUCCUCGGGCAGCGUGCGGGCCAGCCGGGGCAGCUGGGGCAGCUGGAGCAGUGCUAGCAGCUCUGACGGGGACAAGAAGCCCAUGCUGGGCCCUCAGCACUUCCUGCCACCUGGAGACAGUGUUUCACAAAAUGACUUUCCCUCUGAAGCUCCCAUCUCCUUGAAUCUUUCUCAUAACAUCUGCAAUCCCACAGACGUGAGUAGCUUCCCCCGACACGUGGACGCCCCCUGUCCCAGCCUUCCUGCUGGGCCUGCGGCUGUUGAAGAAGAUAAAGUACAGCAGCCAGAGGGAUGAUAUUGAACGUGAGUCAGAUCACAUCACUGUCGAGACCGGGGAAGGGUCUGAGGCGUUUACCCUACUUAUUACGAGCUGACAAGUUAGCCUGCCAUGAUUUUGUAGCUGCUGCCAGAGGACAAGAGACUCCUGGGUCAGAGAAUAGGACGCUUAGCACAGCAAGCAGCCUGAGCGUCUUGUAAGCACACUUCCUUCAGGCCUCCAGUCUCUUGGGGGCGAUGCAGGGCCGCCCAGGUGGGCGACAUUAUCUUUAUUAUGUUGGACGAAGCAAACUUGCCCGUUGCUCUAGGGGGAGAUCCUGUCUCCAUCUUCUGAGGCUUUGUUUAGCAAAUAUCCUUGGAAAGAUAGGUCAGAACGUGGGCAGUCAGAGCAUCCAUUCCAGGAAGCAAAGAAACGUGAGACCCACAGAGAUCGUCUCGAAGCAGCAUACACACCCCUCGUUUCUGUGCGGUCUUGGCUUCCAGUCCAUUUGUUCAUGAGCACCUGAGUGCAGAGGCGGUUCUUGGUUGAUCUGAUCUUAAUCGGCUCAUGCAGCCUCUGGUCCCAGCGAUUCUCAACAGGACUUUCACGGCAGGAUGCCCCGCCCUGCAGGACUGACCGUAGGGUGCCUGCCCAACCGCUGAGCGAGGCCCCAAACACCAGGGCGACCUUAGGAGGUGGACCUCGUCCUUGAGAGACCCCCACAGCUAUGACAGCUACGUGGUCUCUGGUGGUGUUUCUUUAAACGCUCGAGGGUCUCUCUGACCACCGUGAGCUGCAGGUCUCCGGGUCUCCAGGCGGGUGAUUGCCGCCGGCUCCCACAUGGGGGUGCAGCCCUGGGGACGCACACGCUGCCUGGAAGGUGAGAGUUGUGUCCACGUAUUCCUGUCCAUGUAUUCCCCCCAUCCCCGUGUGGCCUGGUUGGCUGGUAGACCUUCGGGUUCCCAGUGCAUUUCGAAUAGUUGAGUCUAUUCUUUCUUUGUGGAGUUCCUGCCCAUGUGCAGAUGGCCAGUCUGCCCCUUUAAUCCAUGCCACCAACCAAUGGCGUCCAUCCGUGCAUCCCACGAAUGAGCAACGGCUGUGGCGGUGAAGGUGGAGACAAGCAGAGGUGCUGCAGGUGUUUGCUGGGAAGAGCAGGAGCCGGGUGUCCCCUGGAAAGGUUUAGGGGGACGGUGUUCAGACUGAGGUCAGGACCAUAUUGUUGGCACACCCAGCAGACAGGCGCUUCCACGGCUUGGGAGCGCCGAGCCGGGACAGGGUCCCUCCCGAGGAAGCCUCGGGGGCAAUUGUGGAAAACAGGACUCACUCACGUCACUCCAAGCCCGGUACCUGCAGGGUGCAGGGUGUUCUCUCCCCUGGUGCUGAGGUUGGCCCCCUCCACUGCCACAGAAUCCCUGUGUCUCAUCCCUGGGGCUGUAACAGCACCGUUUUCCCAGCUUCUUACUUCUUUUGUUUGUUGUUUGUCUCCGCUCACUUGAAUGUCAACGUGUUCACUGCUGUGUCCUGGGAAUCCUGCCGGGGCUUUGCAGGAAGCAGGCAGGCCCUGCAGUGCUUGUUGAGUCACUACCAUAAUCUCGUAAUCCGGGCCAGGAGACGGUUGUGUCCCGUCUGAAGUGCAGGUCAAAGCAGCGCGCGGCCCUUGGACUUUACAGACAGAAGGGCUCUAGCGGUGAAGCCGCGCGGGUGAUACGGGCUGGGGGCGGGGCUUCCUGGAGGGAGGAGAAGUCGAGCUGGUCCUUGCAGGAAGGGUGGCCGAGGGCUGCAUGAGAAGGAGGGG